AUGCCGCCCUCGCAGCUCAAGCGCCUGAAAGCCUCGCUGCGCGACCAAGGCAUAACGGGCCCGCAAAAGUCGAAAAAAGAAAAGAAAGCGCACACCAAGACGGCCGCGCAGCACGCCCACAAAGCCUCCGCGCUCGCCUCGAUCCGCGAAUCCUUCAAUCCCUUCGAGUUCAAGCACCUCUCGCGGCCGCAGAAGUUCGAGUACGCGACCACACAUGGCAAGCCAAAGGUCCUCGGACGCCCCGGCGUCACCAAGAGCGCGGGCGAGGAGACGCGCCGCAAGACGCUGCUGCCGGAGAUGAACCGCAAGAACAAGACGGGCGGCAUUCUGGAUCGCCGCAUCGGCGAGAACGACCCCACGAUGAGUCUGGACGACCGCAUGAUGGCGCGCUUCGAGCGCGAGCAGCUGCGGAAGCGGGGCGGGAAUGUCUUUGAUCUCGAGGAUGGGGAUGAGGAGGUCGAGCUCACGCACGGUGGACAGACGCUGCGAUUUGACGAUGAGAUUGGCGAAGAAGAUUAUGAUGCUGCAAGUGUUGCUGGCAGCGAUAGUGAGGGCGAGGAUGGGUUCUUGAAGAAGAAGAGGAGGAGGGGCGAGGACGGCGAGGCUGGCGAGGUUGGCGAGGAGGGCGAAGAUGAGGAGCAGCCGGAGAGGAAGAAGACCAAGGCGGAGGUCAUGAAAGAGGUCAUUGCGAAGAGUAAGCUGCACAAGUACGAGCGGCAGCAGGCGAAGGAGGACGACGAGGAGUUGAGGGAGGAGCUCGACAAGGACUUGAGCGAGGUCCUCGCCGCGCUGCGGGGCCAUAUCAACAAGAGACCGGAGCCGGAGAAGGUCAAGGAGGUGGCGCAGAACGACUUUGGCAUGAACGCUGACCGUGCGGCGCUGCUCGCGACCCUAUCGCAGGCCGGCAAGGACAAGGAGUACGACCGGCGUGUGCGCGAGCUGUUCAACGACGAGCGAUCGAAGCCCACUGAGCGAACAAAGACGGCCGAGGAGAGAGCCAAGGAGGAGGCUGAUCGCCUGAAGCAGCUCGAAGAGAAGCGUCAGAAGCGCAUGAGAGGCGAGCCCGUCAGUGACGAUGAAGAGCCCCCCAAGCGGCAGCAGCAGCAAGACGAUGACGACGACGACGACAACAUGUCCGACGUCAACGACGACGCUGCUGAGUUCGGUCUUGCUGCACCUCCAGCACCGGGGCAAAGCAGACCCAUCGGUGUCGACGACGAAGACGACUUCAUACUCGACGACGACCUCGUCGCCACAGACUCGGAAGCCGACAUUUCAGACGAAGAGUCGGACAGUGAAGCCGAAGUGGACGACACAAUGGCCAUGGACGACGACGAUGCAGACUUCCUGAAAGACGUCGUAGAGCAGCCCAAAUCGCAACCCAAGGCUGUGAAGGGCGUGCUCACACUCGGCGCCGACACGACGUCGCCCAAGUUGGCGUACACAUACCCAUGCCCGCGAUCGCACCAAGAGCUUCUCGAGGUCUUCAACAAGGUCGAGCUCAAAGAUACCUCGACCGUAAUUCAAAGGAUACGAGCACUCUACCACGCCGGCCUGAAGGAAGACAACAAGCACAAGCUCGCCGACUUUGCAUGUGCACUGAUCGACCACGUCUCGCACCUCUCGAACCAGACCCCCGCGGCACCGCUGGCGGUCGUCGAGUCCGUCAUCCGCCACAUCCACUCCAUCUCGCGCUCUUACCCCGUGCAGAUCGCCACGCAGUUCCGCAAGCACCUGAAAGCGCUCCAGCUUUCCAACCAGCCCACGCCGGGCGACCUCGCGCUGCUGACGGCUAUCGGCUCCAUAUACCCCACCUCGGACCACUUCCACCAAGUCGUCACUCCAGCCGUGACCCUGAUGGCGCGCUGGAUGGGUCUCACGACCCCGUCGAGCAGCAGCGACGUCGCAACUGGCGCCUUCAUCGGUGCGCUGUGUCUGCAAUACCAGGCGCUGUCCAAGCGCUACAUCCCCGAGUUCAUCCGCUACACAGCGCUCUGUCUGCGCUCGCCGCACGCCACAAAAGCGCAGCUGCGCGCGCACACACGCAACGUGCUCUCCGCGGCCGAUCUGUGGAACGCCUCGCCCGCCUUCACGGAGAUCUUCACGCCGCUCCUCGCGCCGCUGAGCCUCACCCACCAGACCGCGACGCUGCAGAACCUGCGCGCCCGCCUGCACAACGCCAAGCUGGCGCGCCGCCCGCAGACGCUGCACUUCCACCGCCCGCUCCCGAUCCCCAGCCGCAUCCCCAAGUUCGAAGAGUCCUUCGACCCGACUAAGCACUACGACGCGGACCGCGAGCGCUCCGACGCCGCCAAGCUGCAGAAGGAGUACAAGCGCGAGCGCAAGGGCGCGCUGCGCGAGCUGCGCAAGGACGCAAGUUUCAUUGCGCGCGAGACGCUGCGCGAGAAGAAGGAGAAGGAUGCUGCGUACGAGGUCAAGUACAAGAGGCUUGUGGCCGAGAUCCAGGGCGAGGAGGGGUACGAGAAGAAUGUUUACGAGCGGGAGAAGAGAAAGAGGAAGGGGAAUUAG